AUGUCGCUCAGCCUUUCCUCCCUCCUCAACCCAUCUCCGGAUGCGGAAACCCAGCAGAACGACUCCUCCUCGCCGCCCCUCCCUCAGAAGGACCCGCUGCCUCCGAUGCAGUAUGUCCAGUCGCCCACUCAGCAGGGCGCGACUCCAUCCAACACCGCGCAUCCAUCUCACGGCUACUCCCAUCCCGCCGCAACCGAAAGCGACGCGGUACAAGCACUGGCGGCAUUGUCCUCGAGCGCAGCAGCGCCGCCAACGCAGUCACAGUGGCAUAGCCAAGAGCAGACCAUGGAAGGGCAGGUGUAUGAGAGACGAGGCAGUUCAUACGAGCAUGCGCGACCUGGGAGUAGUGGCAUGCAGCUCCCCAAGCCUCCACCACCUCCCGCAACGGCAGACCGGAAGAUGAGUUCGCCUACUCUCGACCAGUAUCGCGUGUCUUCGAGGUCGCCAGAGCAGAGACGGUCUUCUCUUAUAUCGCCGUCACAGAACUCCGGCGUCACGCUACCUCCAAUUCAAAGUUUCGGAAAUUCACAUCAAAAUCACUCUGCGAUGCCUUCCUCUGAUCACGAGCAAAUGGAAGUGAGCGCUCAUAGUGCUGCGCCUCCUACCUUCACUGAACAAUCAACUCAUGCGCCAAAUGGUCUACCCACAGGUACAGCACACGCUCCGACUUACGCGGCCAACCAACCUUCACUACAAGGAAGACCAACAUCACCCUCCAAUGUGAAACAGGAAGUGCUCGCGACACCACAACCGUCCUCACCAGCAAAUGCACAGAACACCCCACUGAAGCCGGGCGAGAACGAGGUGGACAGUGUCAAGGCCAUUGCCUCCCUCAAGAACGAGCACGGCUUGCGAACAGCUUCACCUCUCCGCGAAUCCUCCGUACCUGUUCCAUCCACCGAACUUUCACCACCCGAGCCUACGGUGUCCAAGAAGCGUCCUGCGCCAGCCAGACCUAAGAAGGGCAUGGCGACGACGAAGAAGGCACCGCCGGCUAAGAAGCGCAAAGUCGAAGCGAAGCGAUCCGUGACGCCGUCCUCGCGAGCCUCGAAGAUGUCUAUGCUGAAGACUGCGAGCAGUACAGGUACACCAGCCAACUCCUCGCCGGCACCUUCAACCAGAUCGGUAUCCGCAACGCCAUAUUCGGAGGAUGAAGAUAUGGAUGAGGGUCCUGCAGGCUCAGACGACGAACUCUACUGCAUCUGCCGCAAGCCCGACAAUGGUACUUUCAUGAUUGGGUGCGAUGGGACGUGCGAUGAUUGGUUUCAUGGCAAGUGUGUGGAAAUCGCAGAACGGGAUAAGAACCUCAUCGACAAGUACAUCUGCCCUAGCUGUACCGAAAAGGGAGUGGGUCGAACAACGUGGAAGCGAUAUUGCAGGCGUCAGGGGUGUAGGCAGCCCGCGAGGAGCCGGAAUGUGAAGAACGGAAAGGAAGGCAGUAAGUACUGCUCGGAUGAGUGUGGUGUGCAAUGCUUCAGGGACAUGGUUGCCAAGACGAGAGGGAAGGAGGAGACCACGAAACACAGAAGCAGUCGACGGAAGCCGAGUAUGGUCAACGAGCGCGCCGGGCUGGAUGAUGACCUUGGCGCGAGAGGCGGCGUCCUCGCAGCAGGCGAACUGAAGAGCUUGGUCAAUACCUCGAAAACCGCAGAAGACUUCAAGCGAUUUGGCGAAGGCGUGCUGAGUCCGCCAGCCACACCAUCCUCAUCACCCACUGCAGACAAGAAGCAGCACGGCAUCGACUUCACCGACUCCGAGAACCAAUCUCUCGAAAACAUCACCCACAAGAAAGACGAAGCGCGCCGCAAACACAACGUCCUCAAAGACCGAUUGAAGUUCGUCAAUCUCGCCAAACAGGCCGCCUCCCGCACCGCCACUGAGCGCGAACUCAAGCCCAAAGAGUACUGCGGCUACGACUCCCGCAUUGAAUGGACCGAAGACCAAUUCGCCGCUUGGCGCGAGAGCGCCGCCGGCAAACAAGCCUUUGACCUCAACACCCUAGCCACCGAAGCCGAUGGCAAGACGAACGGCUCCGCGGACGCUAUGGACACGGACACCACCGUCGCGCCUGCUCUGGCAAUGUUCGAUGCAGAGGCCAUGCAAGACUUCGAAGUCUGCGACCGUAAGAAGUGCGCGCGACAUCUCGAGUGGCCGAAGUUGGCGGUGGAUGAUUUGCGGUUCGAGAUGGGGGAUAAUGGGGACAGGAUGAGGGGUUUGGAUCGGGAGGAGAAGGAGUUGAAGGAGAGGGCGGCGUUGAGGGCGAAGGGAGGGGUUGUGGGGGGUGAGGGGAGGGUUGAGGUGCAUGGGCUUGGUAUGGAGGGGGUGGAGGUGGGGUGA